AUGAUAUUUUUUUCCGUUAAUUGUCAUAUUGUUGUUUCUUUCACAGCCUCUCGAAUUGAAUUUUUUAUCGGUGAUUGUUUGAAUGAUGAAGACAUUAGUUUGGAAAAUGUUAAAUAUUCUCGUCUUGGAUACAUUGAAUUAUCGAGUAAUGAGCGAUCCAACUUUAAAGCAAGAGAAUUAAAAUCUAUACAUGUUGAUGCAGAAGGAUUGUUUUUAAAAUUAUUGAUACACAAAAAUUACGUAAAUCGUCUCAAUUUAUAUAAUCAGGUCAGCAUUGUAGCAAUUAAUCUUAUUGGUGAUGAUCCCGAUAAAUUUGACAUAAAUCAAAACAAUGAAAACCAGUACAAUGAACAAGGAACAUUGGGAACAUCCAGCAGAUCAGAUCAAAUAUCGAUUAUUGAUGAUCUGGCAUUUGCAAUGUAUCAAGAUCCAGAAAUUGCAGUCAUAAUUAAAAAUCUUGAUAAAAAGAAACAAGAAGCUGUGAAUGAUGAGAAAUUUGAAAAAGCAAGAAAAUAUAAGCAAGCUAUUCAAGAAUUGAUUAAAGUUGGUGAACGACUAGCUCGUUAUGAAGUCGAAAAACGACAAGCAAUUGAAAAUGAAGAUUAUGAAACGGCACAACAAAAAAAAGAUAAAAUGGAACUUUAUCGAGGCGAAACAUAUAAACAAUUACAAGUACUCAAUUUAUUAGACGUUGUUAUGUCGCCUCGACCAUUGAAACAACAUAAUCAUGGACGUGUACAUACAAAUCGACAUUCUCCUGAUUCAACAGUGUCAUAUGGAACAAUACAAGCACGAGAAAAAGAUGUAUCUGUUACACCAUUGCCAACGGUUUCAAAUACACAUCGUAAAAGUCUUCAUGAAAAUAAUGGAAGUGGUGCUGGUCAUAGUAGCGGCGGUUCAAUUUCACCUGAUUAUCAAAAACCGCCAACGCCGUAUGAAGAUAAAAUAAUACCAACAUUAAGAAAUCGUAGUCGUGUUGAUGGUCCACCUCCAAUGGAUAAUAGUAAUACUAUGGAAGAAACAGGUGCAACAUUUGGUAAUAUGCCUCAACCAAAUGAUGAUGCAACAUCUGAAUUGACAAACGCAGAAAUGCGUGAAGCAAAUCAAAUGAUGGAUGUAUUUGAUAGAAAAUUGAUUGGAAAACUAUACAAUCGUAAUUAUGCUCGACGUGAAGAGGCACUCGAUGAAAUUUAUCAGAUUAUUAGUACGUUUAAUGGUGAUAGUCAAGAGGCAAAUUCUUAUUUACGUGCUGGAAGUUUUGUUGUUGCUCGAAUGUGUCGUGAUAAUGUAUUUUCAACAUUUUCAAAUUCAUUAAAAUUAUUUCAUUUAUUAAUGAAUGAUUAUAUUCGUAAACAUCAGAUACAACGUCAAGAUAUUAUUUCAGCAAUAGAACGAGUUUUACCUGUAUUAAAUCAACGAACAGGUGAUACAAAUGGACGUUUAAGACAACGAGCACAAGAUGCUAUUGUCGAAACAGCAUCCUAUCCAGAAAUAAAACCGUUACACAUCAUUCCACAUCAUUGUGUUAUGCCAUUUAAUAAAACAAUAGCGCCCAGAUUAGCUUUGAGUCGAUGUGAAGUUAUAGAAGAAUUAAUGAAAAUAUUACAGUUAAAAGACAAUGGUUUAAAUGUUGAUAAUGUAAGUAAAUUUUGUGCACAAGCACUUGAACACACAGCUGGUGAAGUUAGAGAAUUGGCAACAAAAUUAUUAUUAAAUUUAUACAAGAUGGAAGGUGGUACAAUUGUGCGAAAACAUUUACCAUUAGACAAUGAACAAACAAGAAAAAUAAAAAAAUAUCGUGAUAUAUUUGAUUCAUUUGAUCGAAUGGAUAAUCGACUGCCAAAAACAGAAGAUAAAACGCUAAAUGAUGUUUUAGAAAAAGGAAAAAAACAUUCAGAAUCUGAAUCACUCAAACGCGAAACAAAACAAGCAAAAGAUAUACGAAAUUCGCAUCAGCAACAGCUACAGCAACAAAAAGCGUUUGAUCCAAAAAUAAAAUCGAGAACACCAACAAAAUUCGAUCGAAAAACACCGACAACGUCUGUAGCCGACGAAUCAGAGUUUAAUCCAGACAAGUAA